UGAUUAAUUUAAUUCACUUUUGCGUGAGUUCUUCUUUACGCUGAGAAAAAUGUCGGGUGAUGACUUUGCGGAGGAUAUCUUCGAGAGUGAUUGGGAUGACUUUGAUGGCUUCGAUGGUAGCAGUGCUGAUGGUAUGAUGAGGAAAUUGAGUCACCAAAGUGAAGCAGUCAACCUUCAGAAGAAGAUAAGCACCAUCGGAGAAGACGUGAGAGGCUUGGAAAAAUCAUUUACAAGGAUUUCUCACGAGCGAUGUGAGACUGUCGACCAACUCCACUACGAGCUGCAGUGUUCCAUUGACAAGACAGAACAAGUUGUCAAAGAAGUCGCACACAAGGCUGCAGGUGCCAAACAGAAAGAAAUUGAAGAGAAAUUGCAUCAACAACUAGAAAACAUCCGUGAAAAAGUAGACUCGAUGAAAAUCGAGCAUGAAGAAACUCCAAACGUGAAUGAAGUAUCCGAAACAGACAUUAUGCUAAGUGCACUUGAGAGUGCUAAUCAGAACUUGAGGGAAAUCGCUCUGGUAGCCGAACGAAGCAUGUUGGAUCUGCAAGACGAAAUGUUUAGUCUCCAAAUCAAGUUCGAAGAUAGUCAGAACGAUCUUUCGGCGGAACAAGUAAAGAAGAAAGAACUGAGAAAAACCAUCCUCUCCUUGCAUAGGCAGAUUGGCACAAUGGAACAAAUAAACGAAACUCAAAGUAUCAUCAAGAGCCGAGCUUCUUCUUCAUUGCCCGCCAGAAGCCGUUCGGAGCCUCGUUUGAGCACUGGCGAGCCAAAUAUGAGUCAAACAAGUAACGAGGCAGAUAGUCGCCCUCGGAAAACUCAAACUCACGAAACAAGAAAUCCUAAUCAAAAUACUCGCAAGGAUUUGACCGAUGAGCAAGCAAUUCACUACUCGGAUUCGGGGAGUUCCCGAUUCGUGAAUGAAUACUCGGGACCGAAUACUUCGUUUAAUUAUCACAACGCUGCUUAUCAGUAUUCGAAAUUUCACGAAUCGAGCUAUCAAAACAAUCGGGAAAAAAUUGAUUCCGACCUUAGAACUGACACUAACAAUUCGGAGCUCAGCUUCGGACAAUCGAAAAAUCCGGCUACGCUUAAAUCAAAUCGAAACCAAAAUUUCAACAAUUUGAACCCUAUAACUGUUAGAAAAGUGACGGAGUGUGCACGUCCAAUGUCGUUAGCUAGUACCUACCAUCCGCCCAAUGAAUUGAACGAUCAAAUGAACGAAAUGGAUAACGCACCAAACAAAAUACAAAGACAAAUCUUUCAGGAUAAUUUUGAUUUAAUGACCCAAUCAAUUCAGCCGCGGUCUUCGCGCAGACGUGAACGAAUAAAAUAUUCUAUUAGGAAUAAUUCCGGUGACAAUUACCCGGAAUUCGACGUAAGUCCUAGCAAUAUUUACGGGACAGUUCGGCCUGCUAAUUAUCGUCGGCUUUUUGGCCGUGAGUUUCAGAGCAGAGAAACUAGAUUUAAAGCGCCUGAAGUUGUUUCUCCGAGUGAACAUACAAAAGAAUCACCUAUUUAUGUUGAGCAUAAAAACAAGUUUGACGAAGAAUUGCCGGUCGUUGAAAACGAAAGCGAAGAGAUCGCUUCACCUUUGAACUCGAAUGCCCAGAAAAAAUUGACCGAAGCAGAUGUUGGAUCUCUGGAUUCAUCAUUUGAUGAAAUAUCUCAACUAUACGCAAAUACAGACAAAGACAAGGUUUAUCUAAUCAAUACUCCGCCGCCUGAAUUUUACAAGGGAGAUAUCAUAAGACUGCGCAAGUCAGGUACUCCGCGGGAGGAGAGGAGUUACCGCGUGGUUGUUGUCGGGAAUAGUAACGUGGGUAAAACUAGUCUGCUGAUGCGAGCUUGUCGGGGAACUGUGAAAAGAAAAGUUCAGUCAACUAUCGGUUGUGAUUUCUUUGAGAAAUCGUUUAUUCUUGACAACCAGUACUUAGCGCACCUCUUGUUCUUCGACACAGCUGGAAGCGAAGAGUUCUGCCCCGUUUCCAGGAGCUACUUCAGAAGAGCCGACGGAAUCAUCUUCGUCUACGACUGCUCCAACCACAGAUCUUUCAGUGACAUCCAGUGGUGGAUCCAGCAAUCCCGCUUAGUCAACUCUGGAAGCAACCUACCAGCUAUUAUCUGCGCUAAUAAAUCAGAUGUGUACACUUCUGAGUUAUUUCUAAAUGAUUCUAGCAGAAGCAGAAUUGAACAAAAUGGAAACGAACAUUGUUUCGUGUCGGCAAAGUCUGGCCGAAAUCUGGCUGCCAAAAAUAAAAUGGAGUUCUUUGAAGUGUCGGCUUGGGAUGGCGUGAACGUGGAAAAGGCAGUUGAGAGUCUGGUAAAAUCCAUGUGGUACGCAGAAACCGAAGAGCGAAAGACAGUUUUGAACUUGAAAAACACCGACAAACAUCAAAAACGAACAAACUGUAGGCUAUGCUGAUUCAUCGAAUUCAUCUUUUUUUUUGAAGAUGUGAACUCAUUUUUUUUUCAGUCGCUUCUCUGAUUCAUUCCCAAUCGUAUAUUUCGAUAUAAUUUUACAAUGAGUAUUAUGAGUGAAUUUUAAAAAUGCAGUUUCUGUACAAUAUGUGUUCCGUCUAGACAAGUACCUGUCUAUUUGGACCCUUCCAUAUGGUGCACCAA